ACAAUUGACACUUGACAGUGACUAGCGACAAACAGACAGCCAAAUUGGAAUUUCUAUGUAAAAUAUUUUCAAUUUUCAUCAAACUUCGUAAAUACUAAUAAUUUGUAGCUGUACAGCAUAAAACUGAUCGUUAAAGAAAAAAGAUCACGAUGCCGCGAUAUCACACUGUAGAAAUUAAUAAAACGGAAUGGAUUGUACCCGAAAGAUACCAAAUGCUUACACCUGUAGGAUCUGGGGCUUAUGGUCAGGUUUGCUCAGCAAUUGACUCCUUGCAUAACAUGAAGGUAGCAAUAAAGAAAUUAGCAAGACCAUUUCAGUCGGCAGUGCAUGCUAAGCGCACAUACAGGGAGUUGAGAAUGUUGAAGCACAUGAACCAUGAAAAUGUUAUUGGCCUGCUAGAUGUAUUUACUCCCGAGAAGAAUCUUGAAGAGUUCCAACAGGUAUACUUGGUGACCCACCUGAUGGGGGCAGACUUGAACAACAUCAUCCGCACUCAGAAGUUGUCCGAUGAUCAUGUGCAGUUCCUUGUUUAUCAGAUCCUUAGAGGGCUCAAGUAUAUUCAUUCAGCUGGAAUUAUUCACAGGGACCUCAAACCUUCAAACAUUGCUGUCAAUGAGGAUUGUGAGUUGAAAAUAUUAGAUUUUGGUUUAGCAAGACCAACUGAAAUUGAGAUGACAGGAUAUGUGGCCACAAGGUGGUACAGGGCACCCGAGAUCAUGCUUAAUUGGAUGCACUAUAAUCAAACCGUAGAUAUCUGGUCUGUGGGUUGCAUUAUGGCUGAACUACUCACCGGUAGGACACUUUUCCCUGGUACAGACCAUAUUGACCAUCUCACAAGAAUAUUGUUUUUGUGCGGAAAACCUGAUCAAGAAACUAUUGACAAAAAAUUAAGUGAAGAGGCACGCAACUACAUCCAGUCGCUGCCCACGCUGAAGCGGCGCGACUUCCGCGAAGUGUUCCGCGGCGCCAACCCGCUCGCCAUCAACCUGCUCGAGCUCAUGCUGGAGCUCGAUGCUGACAAACGCAUCACGGCAGAGCAAGCGCUGGCGCACGAGUACCUGGCGCAGUACGCGGACCCCACGGACGAGCCCGUGUCCGCGCCCUACGACCAGAGCUUCGAGGACAUGGAGCUGCCCGUCGACAAGUGGAAAGAGCUCGUGUGGCAAGAAGUGGUAGAGUUCAAGCCGCAUCCGCAACACAUGAAUACAGUCAUCGAAGUUAACCCUUCAUAAUUACCAAUCGCGAAUCAUUAUUGCGAAUAGAAAGCUAACAUUAUUUCAAAGGCAAUAUUUUUAUAUGAUUAUAACGCCAUAGGUCGUUACAAAUAAACGGGCUAUAAGUUCUAAGAGUCAAUUUUCAUACGUAUUACAAUAUACGUGGUAAAAACGUAAGUUUUAUCGGUCAGUAUGUUAUGUUAUAA